AUGAUAGCCGAGCAGCUUGCUUCACCUGGAGCUCUGACACAUAUUAUCAAUAACUGCAUAUCGAAGCAGCUAUUCCCCUCACCUUGGAAGAUCGCUCGUAUCUGCGUCACUCCAAAAGUUCAGAAUAUAUCCUCGAAUAACGAUCUCCAUCCUAUUUCCAUUCUGCCAAGCCUAUCCAAAAUCUUUGAACGACUCGUUCUCCGCCAAAUGUCUGAUUUCGUAACCAAUACAACCACUGGAGUACUUAAUCAAUCCAUUAGUGCUUACCGCAAAGAUCACAACACUACGACAGUUAUGUUGGCAAUGCGAGAUGAUAUUCAGCGAGCUAUGAAGAGGUGAAGUCACAAUAGCUGUUCUCGCAGAUUUCUCGAAAGCGUUCGAUACUGUGUCGUAUUCUACCAUCUUAAGAAAACUCCAUUCACAAGGUUUCUCCAAAGAGUAUCUCAAAUGGGUCACAACCUAUCUGACUGGUCGACGACAGUUUGUUCAAAUAGACGACGCAGUGUCAAACACAACUAAC